AUGGCGACGAUGGAGCCGCCGGCCAAGAAGGCGCGCGUGCUCAAGACGCAGGCGAGCGCGUGGCCGCGGAAGGAGAUGGCCCCGGUGGUGGCCUCGGAGGCGGCCGUCCGCUUCCAGUGGAUCGACAUCAGCAUGUACGACGGCGAGCCGCUGGCCGAGAACCCGUACUCGCGGACGCAGCCGAUCCCGGGGCCGCGCACCGGGAGCACGUCCAUCAUUCGCCUCGCGGGCGUGACCGAGGAAGGUCAUAGCGUCAUGGCGCAUAUCCACGGCUUUGUGCCCUACUUUUACGCGUCGUGUCCGGACGGCCUCAAGGCGGCGGACUGCGGCCUCGUGCGCGAGGCGCUCGACACAGUCGCCAAGAAGAACCCGUCGGACGCGACUGCGAUCCAGGGCGUCGAGAUCGUCGAGAAUAUGAUGUCGCUCUACGGGUACCAGUUUGAGAAGAAGGUGCGCCUCAUCAAGAUCUACCUGAGCCUCCCGCAUCUCGUCCCGCGCGUGCGGUCGGCGCUCGAAGCGGGCGCCGUGCACAUCCCCGGCUUUGUCUCGCGGUCGUACCAGACGUACGAGUCGAACGUCCCGUACAUUCUCCGGUUCAUGAUCGACAACAACGUGCAAGGCUGCAACUGGGUCGAGAUGCCCGCGGGGACAUACCGCGUCCGGCCGGCCCAUAAGCACGUGUCCAACUGCCAGCUCGAGCUCGACGUCGUGUACAUGAACAUGGUGAGCCACCCGCCGACCGGGCAAUGGGGCAAGCUCGCGCCAUUGCGCAUUCUCAGCUUUGACAUUGAGUGCAUGGGCCGGACCGGCCAUUUUCCCGACGCCGACGAGGAUCCGGUGAUCCAAAUCGCCAACGUCGUGUGGGAGCAAGGCGCCGAGCACCCGCUCGUCCGCAACGUCUUUGUCCUCGGGACGUGCAAGCCGAUCGUCGGCGCCCACGUCAUGGAGUUUGAGACCGAGUCGGAGCUCCUCGAGGCGUGGGCCGCCUUUGUGCGGCAGGUGGACCCGGACAUUCUCACGGGCUACAACAUUGACAACUUCGACAUCCCGUACCUGAUGAACCGCGGGAAAGCGCUCAAGCUCAGCCCGCAGUACGCGUGCUGGGGCCGCCUCAAAAACAUUGCCAACAUUAUGGAGAAGAAGGCGUUCCAGUCGGCGGCGUACGGCAAGAGCGACAACUACCGGACGACGAUGCACGGGCGCACGUCGUUCGACAUGCUGCCGAUCAUUCGGCGCAACCAACAGCUCUCGUCCUACUCGCUCAACUCAGUGUCGGCGAUUUUCCUCGGGCAGCAAAAAGAAGACGUGCCCCACGGUAUCAUCUCGGACCUCCAGCGCGGCUCGGACGACGACCGCCAUCGCCUCGCUGUCUACUGUCUCAAAGAUGCGAUGCUGCCGCUGACUCUGCUCCAAAAACUGAGCUACCUCGUCAACUACGUCGAGAUGGCGCGUGUGACGGGCGUCCCGCUCGACUUUCUCAUCGAUCGCGGCCAGCAGAUCAAGGUUUACUCCAUGUUGCUGCGCAAGUGCCGCGAAGCGUCACUCGUCGUGCCCAACCUCCCGCGGUCCGGCGCGGGCGACGACGCGGGCUAUGAAGGCGCGACUGUCAUCGAGCCCAUGAAGGCUUAUUACACGAUGCCGAUUGCGACGCUGGAUUUUGCGUCGCUGUAUCCGAGUAUCAUGCAAGGCUACAACCUCUGCUACUCGACGCUCGUGGCGCCGGGCGACGUGAGCAACCUCGCGCCGGACGCAUACGAAACGUCGCCGUCUGGCGACGUCUUUGUCAAGAGCUCCACCAAGAAGGGCAUUUUACCGCUGAUUCUCGAAGAGCUUUUGAGUGCGCGCAAGCAAGCCAAGCGCGACAUGGCCACAGCGCCGGACGCAAUGACGAAAGCUGUCCAGAACGGCCGGCAGCUCGCGCUCAAAGUGAGCGCCAACUCGGUCUAUGGGUUCACUGGCGCCAACGUCGGCCAGCUGCCGUGCAUUCCGAUCGCGUCGUCGGUCACAGCGUACGGUCGACAGCUGCUCUUCAAGACGCGCGAAGAGGUCGAGCGCGUCUUUACGGUUGCCAAUGGCUACAAGCACGACGCGCAAGUGGUUUAUGGUGACACGGACUCGGUCAUGGUGAAAUUUGGCGUCUCGACCGUCGAGGACGCGAUGCCAUUGGCCGAAGAAGCCGCGCGUAUUGUGUCCGACAUCUUCCCCAAGCCCAUCAAGCUCGAGUUCGAGAAGGUCUACUACCCGUACUUGCUCAUGAACAAGAAGCGGUACGCGGGCUUGCUCUGGACCAGAGCCGACAAGUUUGACAAGCUCGACACGAAAGGGCUCGAGACUGUCCGGCGCGACAACUGCCUCCUCGUGCGCCGCAUGGUCGAGACGAUUCUCAAAAAGAUUCUGAUCGAGCGCAACGUCGACGCGGCGAUCACGUAUACCAAGGGCAUCAUCUCGGACCUGCUCCAAAACAAGGUGGACGUGUCGCUCCUUGUGAUCACGAAAGGCUUGAGCAAGACGACCGAGUCAGCCGACUACAAGGCCAAGCAAGCGCACACGGAGCUCGCGGCGCGCAUGAAGAAGCGUGACCCGGGGUCCGCGCCCGUGCUCGGCGAGCGCAUCGCGUACGUCAUUAUCGACAAGGGCAAGAACACGCCGCUGUACGAAAAGGCUGAGGACCCGGUGUACGCGCUGACGAACAACGUGCCGAUCGACUGCGACUACUACCUCACCAACCAGCUCCAAAACCCGAUCGAGCGGCUCUUUGAACCCAUCAUUGGGCUCGCCAAGGUCAAGAGCGAUCUCUUCGCGGGCGACCAUACGCGCAAGCGGUCCAAGCCGGGUCUGGUUCAGAAUUCGGGUGGAAUGAUGAACUUUGCCGUGAAAAAAGCCAAGUGCCUCGGCUGCAAGGCGCCACUCAACGGCGACGGCGCGCUCUGCGCUGCGUGCCUCCAAGACGAAGCCACGGUGUACGCCAAGCAGCUCAACGUCGUCGUGACGGCUGAGGCGCAAUAUGCGCGGCUCUGGACGCAGUGCCAAAACUGCCAGGGCAGCUUGCACCAAGAAGUGCUCUGCAAGAGCCGCGACUGCCCCAUCUUUUACAAGCGCAUCAAGGUCCAGAAGGAGCUCGGCGAAGCCCAGCAAGCGCUCGAGCGCUUCCAGUACGAGUGGUAG